UGGAGAUGAACACACUAAGUGUGUUUUAAGGUCAGGUAACUGUAAAUGAAAAAGACUCUCUAGUGCAGGUUACAUGUUUAUUCAGUGGCAGUUCUUUUCACAGUUUUACUCACAUUUGCCAUUUAUACAAUCUGCCUCUUUUAUUCGCAUAGUUUUUUGCCAGCCUUAAUGGAUGAUGAAUUAAAUGUAACAUAUUUAACAUUUGGUGGGCAUGUGGAAGUUGACAAAUACAGAUAUGUUUAUUUUGUGAUUAUGUUUACCGUAUAUAUUCUAAUAUUAUGCAGUAAUUCUACUAUUGUGUAUAUUAUCUGGAUUCACCACAAUCUUCAUGAGCCUAUGUACAUUUUUAUUGCUGCUUUGUUACUGAACUCUGUUCUUUUCAGCACUGCUAUCUACCCAAAGCUUUUAAUUGACUUUUUAUCCGAAAAGCAGAUCAUUUCUUAUUCAGCCUGUCUCUUUCAAUUUCAUAUAUUUUACUCUUUAGGUGGUUCAGAAUUCUUACUGUUGGCAGUCAUGGCUUAUGACAGGUAUGUGUCUAUAUGUAAACCUCUGCAAUAUGCAACUAUCAUGAACAAAACAACUGUCAAUAUUUUCUUGGUUUUAGCUUGGCUUGUGCCUGCUUGUCAGCUUGCAGUGCCAACUGCAUUGAGUGCCACAGAAAAACUCUGUAGCUUUAUUUUAAAAGGAGUUUUUUGCAAUAAUACAGUUUACAAACUUCAAUGUUUGAUCUCGAGGGCACGUCUUAUACGAGAUAUGAUCAUACUGCUUAAUGUGGCACUUCUCCCUGUGCUUUUUAUACUUUUUACAUACACCAGGAUAUUCAUAAUAUCCUAUCGAAGUAGUAGAGAAGUCAGGAGAAAAGCUGCACAGACCUGUUUACCCCACCUGAUAGUUUUGAUAAACUUUUCCUGUUUGUGUGCAUAUGAUGUCAUUAUAGUUGGACUGGAAUCUGAUUUUCCAAAGAUCGUGCAUUUAAUAAUGACUUUACAAAUAAUUUUGUAUCAUCCUCUCUUUAAUCCAAUCAUGUAUGGGCUAAAAAUGAAAGAAAUUUAUAAACACCUCAAGAGGUUGUUCUGCCCAGCCAAAAAGAACUAAUGUAUCAACGCUGAUAAUAAUGAUGUAAUAAUACUGUGUCAGUCAUAAAAAACAAAUUCUUACAUUAAAGAGUAACAUCAGCUUCAACAAUGUAAUGAAUGAAGUUAUUAAAUUUUCUAAUUUGGCAUUUUGAUUCUGUUAAGUCACAAGUUUAAUUCUGAAUUUGUUGCUCUCAAAUAAUUGUUUCAAUAUUACUCUCUCUUACACACACACACACACACACACAUCCAUACAAACACAACCAGGGCCAUAGUUUCCACUAAGAUACCAAGGUCGUGUCCUCAGUAUUUUUGGCUAAAAAUGUGUUUAAAUCUGCUGAACUUUUUAGAGAUCCUCAGAAAUGUGA